AUUAAUUCUCUCGAGUCUUCUUGUUACUUUUUCAUUACGAGAAGAAAAAAAUAUCGACAUUCCCAUUAUUGCUCCAUAUAUCAAUAUUUAUUUUACACGUCCUUCGAGCACCUAGUAUAUUCAUAUAUAUAGAGUGGAUACGAAGUAAUUAACCCAAUCCGAGUAGGCAGGUUAUGUUGGAAACAGGUGCUCAACGCGCGGGUGUCGCUUCUCCUUGAAGAAUCCGGAGACUGUCCGGAUGUAAUUGAAGAAUAUAUUGCAUAAAUUUCGCGCGACGCAUAUAUUUUCAAGGACUCUCUCGAUCAAGAAUACAAAAUUCCAGCGCGACGACGUGGCAAUGUUGUCCAGACGCGCGUACGUCAGUUGCGACCUCGAAGAAGGCUAGACCAGGAAGACGUCGAUCGGUCUCGAACGAGCCAGCGCUUCACGUGCUGUGUUUCCAAUCGAUAAAUGACUGUGGCUUCCAGAAGAUAUUUCUUCUGUUCUACUUUCUGAUAUUAUAAAUGCAAUCAUGUAGAGUUUAGCUCAGAGGAAGAUGACGCCGCAUUUUACAGCUUUGACUUCAGUGCGAAAGCGAUGUCUGAUUGUGCUCUUGUUAGUCCUGGUACCAUGCGCGAUUCUCAAUCUACUGAUGCCAUCGGACAUGCAUGAGGAAGCUAUAUUGCAGAACGGCAUCGCCGAGCUGCAAGCUAAGCUGGAGCAUUUACAUGCCAAAUUAAUUGGCAGCCAGGAGGAAAUAAAUCUAUUAUCUCAUCAACUACUACAGUUGAUCGAGAGCAAUCAUAUCCUGCCAGAUCUGCAGCUACUCAUUAAUAAUGGCACCUCCAAUGUCACCAGCAUCAAAUUGCCAUCAAUUUACAACUUUCUGCCACAUUUUCUCAAUGAUCCAAAUAGCUUGCGUCCGGCAUUUGUGCAGAGUAAAGGUAGAUCAGGAGUGAGCAUGGUGUUAGGGGUACCAACAGUGAAGCGUGAGGUUCAAUCCUAUCUUAUGGCAACUUUGAAAAAUCUGCUAGACCGCAUGAACGCCGAGGAGACCGCGGACACGCUAAUCAUCGUUUUAGUAGCUGAAACAGACAUGGACUAUGUGACAUAUGUUGCAAAGCAAAUUGAAGUUCAAUUUCCAAACGAAUAUGAAGCUGGUGUGAUUGAUGUGAUAUCGCCAUCAUCGUCUUUUUAUCCAGAUUUGUCCAAGUUGCGCGACACCCUCGGCGACGAUCACCAACGUGUCGUGUGGCGGUCCAAACAGAAUCUAGAUUUCGCUUUCCUUAUGUCCUACGCUCAGACUAAGGGCACGUUUUAUGUGCAACUAGAAGAUGAUAUUUUGGCCAAGAAGAACUUUAUAACUACUAUGAAAAACUUUGCAUUGCAGAAAAUCGGCACAAAGGAGAAUUGGUUUGUCCUCGAUUUCUGUCAGCUCGGAUUUAUCGGAAAAUUAUUCAAAUGUGUGGAAUUGCCUUGGUUGGUUCAAUUCUUUUUAAUGUUCCACAACGACAAACCUGUUGAUUGGUUAUUAGAUCACUUGAUAUCGACAAAAGUCUGCAGUCUUGAUAAAGAUAGUAAACAUUGCAAAAUGGCUAAAGCAGAAUUGUGGGUGCAUUAUAAGCCCUCCCUUUUUCAACAUAUAGGAACGCACUCAUCUUUAAAAGGCAAAGUACAGAAACUCAAGGAUAAACAAUUUGGAAAGAUUACGCUGUUCUACGCUCACGAGAAUCCCGAGGCGAUAGUAGAGACUCAAAUUAAGCCUUACAAACAGUACACGUUGCAAAAAGCAUACAAGGGCGAAUCGUUUUUCUGGGGUUUGUUGCCACAACCAGGAGAUCAUUUAAAGUUUAAAUUUUCACAUCCUAUUUUUAUAAAAAGGUACUUAUUCAGGAGUGGAAAUCCUGAACAUCCAUCUGAUAGGUUUUAUAAUACGACGGUGGAAGUAUUGUCCGAGAUGUCUCCAUUGUUGGAUAGGAACAGCAAUGAUGUGACAGAGGAUGGCUAUGUUAUUAUAGGUAAAUUUGAUGUACUUGGUGUUGCUGAAGGGACCGUAGAUCGAAGAUUGGGUAGAAUAUCAGUGCUUCGUUUAACUAUACAUAGUGAGAGUGAAAACUGGGCCAUUCUGUCCGAGAUUCACAUAGUAGAGGAUCAACCAAGCUGACUAAAGGAUGAAGCUUCUCAGGCGUUAUUUCGAUACCACCUGCACGGUUAGCGUAAGCGACUGAUUUUAUAAACAUUUAUUAUUUUUAUAUUUUCUAUUUCGCUAUCACGUAUGUUAUAUAUUGAGCAAUAGCAGUUAUUAGUUCAAUGCCGUCCAUUACACAAAAGAGACGUGUAUAUCAGUAUGCUUUAAACUAUUAACUGAAGCAAACAUUUCUAUCGGUCCAGUAUUUUGUAUAGUUUUCUUUUUUUUUUUUUAGUUUAUAUAUAAUAUUUGUGCUGAAGAGCGCAGAAAUCAGUUGGUAAUAUAUAGCGACUUCCCCUUUCAUAUUUGUAUAUCAGGUUUAAUGAAUGAACAUAAUGGCACAUUGUUAAAUCUCAAAUUGUUUACUGUAAGUGUGUUUUUCUGUGUGUUUUCUGCUUCUGUAAGAUCUUAAUUUUUGGAGAAUUUAUUCAACCGAAACUGUACCUGCAUUGUUCACGUAUUUUGAUUUGCUUUCGAUUUCGCCUUUUCGCGUGUAGAAAUUCUUCGCGUACAAGGUUCAGGGAUCAUAUUUAGGUGACUGUUUAUAUUAAAGAGAUGACACUUAGGAUCUGAGAAUCCAAUGCACAGCGCAAAAUACAAUUAGACAAAGGUGUGCAAGCGCUGUAUAUGAUAAAAGACAAAAAAAAA